GGCGGAAUCUGUCGUUUCGAUUAGCUACUCCUGAAAGUUUGCGGAAGUUUAUUUUGAACAGCUAAAGUUGAAGUCAUACGUCAAGAGACUAUCAUCAGAAAGACGCUUGGUGUUUUGGUUGUACUUCAAUAGAUGGACCUCCGUUCAGAGAAAAUACAGCGGAUCCUCUCCAAGUACAAAUUCCAUGAUGUUGCGGUUGAGGAGCUGCAGAAGAUCUAUCGAAUCUACCCUGGGAUGGUACCGUCCACAGGCACAUACACAUUUAGUGACGGCACCCAAAAAGAUCUUGUGAGAUUAGUUGGUAACAUCCCGGUCCCAUAUGGAGGUCGCUCCUAUAACUUCCCCGUUCAGCUGUGGUUGAUGGACUCGUUCCCCUUCACUCCUCCCAUAUGCCUCCUGAGACCGACCGCUAACAUGGUCAUCAGAGAGGGCAAACAUGUUGAUGGGGGAGGACGGAUUCACCUGCCGGGUCUGCACAACUGGGAUUAUCCCAAGUCAUCCGUGGUGGGUCUUCUGGCUGAGAUGGCUGCCAAGUUUGAGGAGGAUCCUCCACUGUCCUCGAAGUCCACAGUGGACAACAAAGACGAGCUCCUGGCUUUUGUUUCUAACAUACAGAUCAACGACGGUGGAAGCCGACGUCUUGAUCAGCCGAACAACAAAGUCUCAGUUAUCGGGGGAGGAGAUUUAGGAAUGGCAUCGGUGAUGAGUAUUUUAUCAAAGUGUAAAGUGGACCAACUCGUUUUCAUCGACGUCUCUGAAAGUUCGACAAAGGGCGGCAGCACCGAUCUAGAGAUUUUCCGUCUGCCCCAGGUGGAGGUUUCCAGAGAUCUGUCAGCCUCUGCAGGCUCCCGGGUCGUCGUCGUGACCGCAAAUUCAUGGAGCAGCGAGCAGUCGUACGCGAGCGUGGUCCAGACUAACGUGGACCUGUACAGAGGAAUCAUCCCAAAUCUUGCACGUUUCAGCCCCAACACAGUCAUGCUCAUCGCCUCGCAACCAGUGGACGUCAUGACCCACGUCGCCUGGAGGCAGAGUGGUCUGCCCCCGACACGGGUGAUCGGAGCAGGGUGUAACCUGGACUCGGAGCGACUCAGUCACAUCCUGGAUAUAAACCUGAACACUCACAGACCGGCCUGGGUCAUAGGAGAGCUUUCAGACAACAAAGUUGCUGUGAUGAGUAACACUGGGCUGAGCUCCAGUGUGCAGCCAGAGAUCGCAGCAGGAUCCAACUCUACCAAACCAUUGUUAGACAGAGCGUUUGAGAUGAUGAAGACUCGAGGACAGCGGUCGUGGUCUGUGGGUCUGUCCAUCGCUGACAUCACAAACAGUGUCCUGACGGACAAGAUGAAGACCCACUCCGUCUGCACCCUGGCUCAGGGCUGGGGUGGCAUCGGUGCAGAGGUGUUCCUCAGCUUGCCGUGCAUCAUGGGAUCAAACGGUUCCACGCGCUUGGCCGGAGUGUCACUGGGGUCGGAAGAAGACUCCAAGCUGAGAGAAAGUGUCACCUCCCUCUCUGACCUCAUGGGUCAGCUCAGGAUAUGAAGGAUAGGAUUGUAUUCCCAGUUUGGGAGACAGCAGCUGCUUGUUGACUGUUCUCGAGUCAACACACACACACACACUACAGAUGGACUGUGCCUGUGCUGAACACUAGAAUUUAAGUUAUGCAUAAAAUGACUGUCCUAAAUCCAUAUAGUUUAAUCAUGAGAUUUGUUAGAUACUGUGUAUAAAGUGUGGGUACAAAGAAAGAUAAUUCAGAAAUAUUGAACAUGUUACAUGAAUGCACUGUUAUAUUUUUGGAAAGCCAUGGACUCUUAUGCAAAAGCAUCUAAAGAAUACUGAUGCUUGUAGUUUUGAAAUAUAUUUUUGUCUGAACUACAUUUACCAAAGAGGACGUAAUCAUCCUUACAUUUGUACUGAUCCAUUCCUUACAUAAUUCCUUUGGAGAGAAAUCUACAGGGUGCGAGGCAUGUAUAUUAUAUUCAGGUGCUGGGGUGGACUCAUUGAAAUACAGCUAUAUAUAUAUAUUCAAAUAUAUAUUUGAAUGGCCUUAUUUGUUGUCUUAGUGCUGUUUCCAUAUUUGAAGCAAUCAACAUUUCAAAUGCAUUCGUAUUUGAAGUGCCGUUGCUCUUUGUGUAAAAUACUUUGCACUGCUAGAACCUCUAAUAUGUACAGCAAGACUACACGAUGUGGGUGUGCAAUAAAUAUCUGAAACCAGAUGUGGAUCGUCUCUGUGGGAGAGAGAAGACAAUGGACAACUACGGUUCAUCUCUUUAUAAAACUCAAAUGAGUAGUUGCAUAAGUGUACAUAAGCUUUGGUCUGAGCUCCAGCAUCACUGAUGUCAGCCCGCUUCAUAAAAAAGAGCGGUGAUGUACAGUUGGUCAGGUCACAUGACUCGAUACUCCAGCAAACCAGACAUGUGUGCAGGUCGAGAUUCAAGUUCUUGGGUAAGAAUCGCAGCAGAAAGACCAAAGUUCAUGAACAAACCGUAAAACAUCCGUUAACGUCACGUCUUAAGAUGAAAAAUGAUUUUUUUUUAGCAGUAACCUGGAACUCCAUUAGAAAUCAACUGAAUACUUAGAGAAUUGCAAAAGACAAAAGCGAUGUUAAGACAUGGUAUGUAAUGUAACAAUAUAAACAUGUUUGAGUAAUAGGUCCUUGUACAGUAUGUUAUGGCUCAACUUCCAUUUCUUAAGAUCUUUAGCUCUGAGCACCAGAGUCUUUGCAAUGGCUC